UGGAUCAUUUUCAAGAUUAAUUAUUGGGGUUUAGGGAGAAACGCAUAAUAUAAAGAGUAGACAAUAUACAAGAUUGUCAUGCAAAUUUCAUCUGCUUUAAGAAAAGAAAAUGAUUUCUUUUAUUUACUUUAUUUUGUUCAUCAUCUUCCUUUACAAAUGGUACUAUAAUGCUACUUCAAAAGCCCGGAAAAGUUUGCCACCAUCUCCAGCGAAACUUCCGGUAAUUGGAAAUCUUCUCCAACUCGGCUUACACCCUCAUCGCUCGCUGAAAGGACUAUCCGAACGCUACGGUCCACUCAUGAUGCUUCAUUUGGGCAGUGUACCAGCACUGAUAGUCUCCUCUGCUGACGCAGUUCGAGAGAUAGUGAAAAAUCAGGACCUGAUUUUCUCAAGCAGGCCGAAACUAAGCGUUAUGCAUAGAAUUGUUUAUGGCUCUAAGGAUAUAGCUUUUGCUCGAUAUGGUGAUCACUGGAGGCAAGUUAGAAGUAUAGGCGUGCUUCAGCUUUUGAGCAACAAGAGGGUUCAAUCUUACCGUCACAUACGAGAAGAAGAAACGUCCCUUAUGAUUGAGAAAAUUAGAAAUUCACCCUCUUCUUCGAUGUCUGAGGUGAACUUGAGCAAUCUAUUGGUGUCGCUUACUAAUAGUAUUAUAAGUAGAGUGGUCUUGGGAAGGAAAUAUGAUGGUGGAGAAGAAAGUGAGAACUUUGAGUUGAUGUUGAAGGAAAUUGGGGAGUUAUUGGUCACUUUUAACCCUGGGGAUUACGUGCCAUGGCUUAACUGGAUUAAUCGUGUCAGUGGUUUUGAUGCCAGAUUGGAGAAAGUGGCCAAAUCAUUUGAUGAAUUUUUGACGCGCGUAGUUGAAGAGCAUAGAAGUCGAAAGCAAGGAAAGACAGAUCGUGAUGGGAGUAGCGAUGAAGUAGAUUUUGUGGACAUAUUGCUCGAAAUUCAGAGGGAGAACAGUUCUAGUUACCCUAUUGAAACUGAUACCAUUAAAGCUCUCAUUUUUGAUAUGUUUGGUGCUGGUACUGAUACAACAUAUACAGCUCUAGAGUGGACAAUGGCUGAGCUUUUAAGGCACCCAAAAAUCAUGGAGAAACUACAGAACGAGGUGAGAUUAGUAGCCGGAAGUAAAUUAGAUAUAACAGAGGAAGAUUUAGAGAAAAACAAAAUGCCCUAUUUAAAGGCUGUGAUCAAAGAAAGCCUAAGACUGCAUCCUCCAUUUCCAUUACUGCUUCCUCGAGAAUUGACCCAAGAUACUACAUUAAUGGGGUAUGAAGUUGCAGCUGGAACCCGAGUGAUGAUCAAUGCUUGGGCGAUUGGAAGAGAUCCUAUUUUGUGGAAAAAUCCUGAAGAAUUUCAUCCAGAGAGGUUUCUUGAUUCAGGAAUUGACUUCAAAGGGUUCGAUUUCGAGUUUAUCCCGUUUGGUGUUGGUCGUAGAGGCUGUCCCGGUAUUACAUUUGCCAUAGGUGUUGAUGAACUUGCUUUGGCAAAAUUGAUGCAUAAAUUCAACUUUGCAACUCAAAAAGAUUUAGACAUGACUGAAGCUCCAGGACACUCUGUCCAUGUUAAGUUUCCUCUUCUUGUGAACCCAAUCCCCCAUUUUGCUAGUAACUAACUGCUAUCAUCAUCAACUCUCUCUAUAACUAACUAUCAUCAUUGCAAUAAAAAAGCUAGUUCAUCUUUUCUUGAAUUUA